CUAGUCGCUGCAUUUUACGUCGACGCGACCUUCGAUAUCAUCGGAUUCGUUGGACGCCUUACAGAACGAGAAGCCCUUGGAAGCCCUCCUGAGUUGAUCGAAUGCCCUUUUGCUCGCGGAAUGAAUUGUCGGUUGGAGGCGAACACAAUGGGUUAUGUAGUCGGAGUUUGGGCAGGAUCGCAAGGUUGAACACAGGUCAAGGCUGGAGGCACUGGUCCCUUUUUCGUAGGUCCCCGGACGAAGCUUCGCAGAAGACUCUUCCAUCAUAUGCAUACGCAUCUACUUACGUUCUCGCAACGUUAUCUGCUGUAUCUCGCGAAAGCCGAAAACCGAAUUUGCCAUGUGAACAACAUUUGCUUUAGGAUCGCGUCGACGUUGGAAUUCGCGCACCUCCUAGGGCCGAAGAUUCCGAAUGGCCGGUUCAUUGCCUCUGUCUGCAGCUUCCUGAAGAUGCUCCUCGUUCAACGUUCGUCGAUAACCUAUCUUGGCUGAGCACAAGGGAUCCAACCAGCACGCAAUGAUAACGCAGUCUUCGAGUGUUCUGCGAUGUCGACAUCCUCCAGGAUCGGGGCACUGCUACUUACCGUGUGCAGCUUAUGUGAUCGUAGUUCAUUGUUCAGUUCCACAUUCCACGCGAGAUGAGACUCCAGUAUCGAACCUCCUGCAUGGAGAUCGUCAUCUCAGCGGCGUUCACUGUACCUCGUUGGGUAUGAAGCAACUAGUCAAGUUGACCGUCUAUCUAUGCGCUAUACUCGGAUCCUCUUCUUGUAGCUGAUGCUAGCCAUUGCCGCAACCUCGCAUACUCAUAUAGCAGCCCCACGGAUCCCGGCCCGUGGGCGGUGUGUAUAAUACG